AUGCCAUCUACACUCCCUGCCCUGCUCUGCCUCGGACUGUAUCUGAGCCUGAGGGUCGGCGCCCAGAAUGAGACCCUCUCAAAGCCCCUCAUCUGGGCCGAAACCAGUUUCAUGGUUCCAAACGGGGCGUCGGUGUUCGUCUGGUGCCAGGGAAGUCGCAGGGCCAUUGAGUACCAGCUGCAUUUUGAGGGAGUCUUUGUCUUGGAGAGACUGAAAGCCCCUGGGCUGAUGAACAAAGUCAAGUUCUCCAUCCAGCCCAUGAACUCCUCCACUGCAGGGAAGUACACGUGCUUCUACCGAACUGGAGAGCUCUGGUCAGAGCCUAGUGACCCUCUGGACCUGGUGAUAACAGGAAUGUAUGACAGGCCCACCCUCUCCGUUCACCCUGGGCCCGAGGUGCUCCCAGGAGAGAAUGUGACCUUCUUUUGCCAUCUAGAGACGGCAACGACCACGUUCUUUCUGCACAAGGAGGGGCCGGCCAGCCGCCCGUGGCGCAGAGUCAGCAACAGUCCGGCAGCGUUCUCCAUGGGCCCUGUGACCCCAGCCCACAGGGGGAUGUACAGGUGUUUCGGUUCCUAUAACGAGCACAUGUGGUCUUUCCCCAGUGAGCCUGUGACGCUCCUGGUCACAGGAGAUGCCGGGGUCACUGACCUGGCAUCCACGGGACAGCCCUCUUCCCCGGACUCUUGGGAACCCCACUGGUCAACCACAAAGAAGGGACUCCGUAAAGAUCUGAUCCCCUGGGAUUACACGGCGGAGAACCUCUUUCGGGUCGGCCUGGGCCUCCUGGUCCUGGUGGCCCUUAUGUGCCUCCUGGCCCACACCGGGCUUUUGAGGAAGAAGAAGAAAAGGGUCUCGAGUCAGGAACGCAGGAGAAGGUUCAGAUGGCAAGGAGCCCUGGACGAAUGACCGAGAGAUGUGGCGGCCAUAGGUGAAGCUGAGUGCUGACCUUGACCUUGAGCUGGGUGACCUCUAUGUUGGAAGGAAACCAGGGGACAACUGCGUGGAGUUUGAUGAACCAAGGCAGGAGGCGGG